GGGAGUGGAGUUGAAUAAAAACCUCAGCAGUCAGUCAGAGGUGUGGGAAACAUACGGAACAGCCAAAGAAAAGACGCGCACACGCGGACGAACAAACGGAGCUUAACUUUUAAGGGGAAAUAUGAAAGGAACCCAAAGUCAUAACGAGCAGUCGGCUGCUGUCUUUAGGAGUGGGGGGGGUGCACAAUAAUGCUCACGAAAGAGCCAAAUAGGUGACUGGAAAGAAGCGCUUUUUGUUAUCUUCUGCCAUUGAUUAAGAAAAUAAAAAGCAGCCCGGAAAGUGGGCACAGGCACGGGGAGAGAAGGGUCAUGGAAAACCCCUGGAGGAGGAGGAGGAGGACGCAGGCGGUCAGAUGGAAGUUGCUGAGGAACUCGCUGCUGCUUUGUUUAUUCACCGGCGGCACUAAAGCUGAGUGUGAAGGCUGCAUAGAGUAUUGCUGCGAUGGAUCGCCGCCUUUCUGCUGCUCCUACUACGCCUACGUGGGGGACGUCCUCUCGGGCACUGCCAUCUCUGGUAUCGUUUUCGGUGUGGUGUUUCUGAUGGGGGCGGUGGCGGCCUUGUUCCUGUGUGUGUGUAUGUGCAUGAAGAACGGGCGGGGCGCGCGGGUCGGUGUGUUCAGCACCUCCUACAUCAACACUGUGACCCAGGGCUACCCAGGUCCUCCACCUCCAUACAACUAUGACUACGAAAUGUACCCUUCCUCGCUGAACCCCCCGCCUUACACCCCAACUCAGCCUCGACCGGCCAACUACUCCCCACCUCCUCCAUACCCUGGCUGCACCCGCAAGUGAAUCCCUGCAGCACAGAUCAUCUCCCGGCCAGCUCAAGAGAAACAGGCAUGGCCUGGUUAUACAUUUCUGGCCUCUAAAGACAAUUUAACAGGCCCACAAACAUUUCCACAUUUAAAAAAUAAAAAAGGGGCUGCCCAGUGCAAUAUUGUUCAGAAGGCCAUAAUAACCAGCUAUGUGCCUGCAAGUUGUAAAUGUCACUGCAUUUCUGCUGGAGUCUGGACCAAAUAGUGGGGAAAUGAAUACUAAUUUAACACAAUGUUGGUCAGAACACCCCACAUUCUGAUAGACUUAAAGUAUUAGCGGCGCUGCUAGCCUGUAGCUGGUACUUUUCCCCCUGUUAAUAACCAAUAUCCUUAUCCGUAGCCGGCUGUGCACAUCAAAGGCACAGCACCGCUUUGAAGAAGGUGAAGACCACUUUUGUCAGCAUGGAGGGAAACUUCACAUUACUGAAGAAGUAAAGUCUUUCUAGACUCUUCUUUUAUGGAAAGUUACUUAUUUAAAAAAAGAACUUGAUUUAUGUCCGUGACUCAAGGUGGAAGUUGAUGAUUAAAGCUUUUUAAAACAAGUCAGGUCUGGACCUGUCAUGUGUAGACACAAAGACUUGAACAUAUUUGCAUUAUACUGACUUUAAUGGCAACUUGAAUGGACUGGGUUGUGGUAAUGAACUGGGUUUAUUGCCUUACUUGAAACAAUGAGAGGGUGAAAACUUGCAAUUUGUUUUGCCUUUGCGAGAUUCUUAAAUUGUGAAGCAUUCAUGAUAUGAAUUGCAGUUGUAGACUAAUUCAGGUUUGUAGGUUAUUUGAAAGUGAUUUGACCUCACUGCUAUGACUAUGAAUGAUGGAAGGGAUUUAACUGUAAUAGGGUGUCAGGUAAAUGAUUUUAAGUGUUUCUUUGCUGUUUUAGUAGUUGUAAAUUAAAGAUGUUAUUAAAACGUU